AUGAUUAAACAACAGCAACCACAGCAACUUAAGGCACAGACCAUUACAUACGCCAUAUAUGCAUAUAAUUCAAAGACGGCAGAACAAACGCAAAUGUUGAAAUAUGGAGAUUUGGAGAUAGUAUUGAAAAAUGACCAUUUCGAAUUCGUUUGCAAAGGUGGUGCAGUGAUAUCAAAUAUAAAAGAAAUUUUAUUUAUGAAUUCAAAAAUUAAAGGAAUAACGGAUGAUAUAACAUCAAUUCCACCAGAAGAACAAAGAUAUUACGCAUUAAAUGCAUUUCCUAAAGUUUUGAAGAUUGGAAGAUUUAAUUUAAAUGAGGAAUUCAUAAAAGGUUUCCUAAAUGACAUAAUGAAGAAAGCAGAUAAGGAAUACGUGGAUAGUGAGUUAAUGAAGAAGGCAGAUAAGGGACUUGUGGCUAGUGCAUUAAUGAAGAAGGCAGAUAAGGAAUAUGUUAAUGAAAAAGAUAAUGAAAUUAUAGAAAGGGUUGAAUGGUAUCAUGAACGGACAUCGAAGAUUCUUAAAACUAAAGCUGAUACAGGAUGGGUUUCAGAAUGUUUAGACCUUAAAGCAGAUAAAACUUAUGUUAACAAUGAGUUAGAGGAGAAAGCAGAUAAGAACCAUACACAUACAAGUUUUACAACUGUUGCUAUAGAAAGUAUUGAAGGAACGGUUGAAGAAACUGGUGGGGAUGUAUUAUAUUGUAAACCUCCUAACUUUCCACAAGGUUUAACAUCGGAUGACGACAUAACGACGAUGAGAAACAUUAGAUGUAAAGAUGUUUAUGUCAUGAAGGAUGAACAUAAUAUUAAAUUCACUGCUCAAGAUUUAUAUGACAAGAAAGCAGACAAAAAAGAGCUUCAAACAUUAAAGACAGAAAUACUUCAAACAUUAUAUCCUAUAGGCUCUAUUUAUACGUCAAUGAACUCAACAAAUCCAGCAACAGUUCUGGGUUUCGGUACGUGGGAACAAAUAGUUGACAGGUUUUUGUAUUGUGCAAACUCUUCAAAGGAAACAGGAGGAAGUAAAACGAUUUCAGGUGAAAAUUUACCUGCACAUAGUCACUACAUAGAUUUAAGUACAUCUCAAGCGGGUUGGCAUAAGCAUAGAUAUUGGGAUUGGUCAGCAAUGAUAAAAGGUAAAGGAUAUGAUGUUAAAGACAACGUUAAGUUUGCUAUAGAUUGUUACUGGAGUAACACUGAGGGAGGAGGAAACCAUACACAUCGCGUUUCAGGAUAUACACAAACAACGGGACAAAGUAAAGAUUACAUGCCGCCAUUUAUGACAGUUUACGCAUGGUAUAGAGUUCAAUGA